CGGAUUUCCGGCAUGCUGUUGUUUGUUUCAUGUGACUGCAGAGUGCACACGUACAGCUUUCUCCUGAUUUAAAGCUCUUACAAAGCAGAAAGAAAACAUUCUGGAUUGGUGAACGAUAGAUUAUUACUCAUGGGAGGGAGUGAUGCUGAUAGCAGAUCUAAGAGCAGACACAGAGAUGAGAGCAAAUCCAGGAGCUUGUCAUCAUCAAGCGCCAGGAGAUCCAGUCCAAGCCCUCAGAAGAAACAUGAACAGAGGAAAAAGAAGAAAAGGAGAAGUCCAUCCAGCUCUUCAUCAUCUUCCGGCUCCGCUUCCCCAUCCAGAGAAAAAAAGGCCAGGAAGAAAAAGAAACAGAAACUGAAGCGCGAAAAGAAGAAGGAGAAAAAGGAAAAGAAACGGCAAAAGAAGCUAGCAUUGAAAGCUGAAAGAGCAGCAGCUUCGGUAUCAACAGCUGCUGCUGCUUCUGAUGAAACUCCUCAAUCACACCUGAAGACCUGGCAGUGUGAAGAAGCUAAAGAACACGGCCCUGUCAUGACUGAUGAACAGAAGGCCAGACAUUGCACCAAGAGACCAAUGACAAAAGAAGACUAUGAGGCCAGGCAAAGCAUCAUCCGCCGGGUCCUGGACCCCGAGACGGGGCGAACCAGGCUCGUACGAGGCGAUGGGGAAAUCUUAGAAGAAAUUGUCAGCAAGGAGCGACACAAGGAAAUCAACAAGCAAGCCACUAAGAGAGAUGGUGAUGGCUUCCAGAAGAGAGUGGGCAUCAAUAGGUAGCGAGGUGUGCAUUUCGAGACAACUUCAAGCCAAUCCAAAGCCUUCUCCUGCAUUUAUACAAGAAUUCAACUAUUUCUUCAUUUCUUAGUUCUUGGUUUAGAUUCCUCCCCAGUUACUAAAUAUCACAGAAAUGUGAUUCCAGAACAACAGUUUGCCCUCAGAUAUUGUAUUGUAAUGUCCUGGCGGCUAAAUGAGGCGAAUUAAUUCAUAGUCAAAGCAGGAAGAGUCUGGAUCUCAUUUUUCUGUUAAUGUAGAAAUUGGCUAAUUUAUUUGCAGUCUGAUGGUUUUCACUCCCACCGAAGCUCAGCAUCUCUUAAAUAUCAACUGAUGGUAUUACAGAGGACUGCCGCAACAUCAAUAAAAUAUCUUUCUUACACAUUA